GCGAAUAUUCCAGGGUUAUAUUUAUUGCAAACGGAACGGGGACAAAUGCGGGUUUGUAACAGUCAACACUGGCAACCUGCAGGUUGUUGAGGGGGCGGCGCUAGUCCACACAGUAGUUUCUGGAAGGAACCUCAUGCUUUCAACAUGGAGAAAGUGUCUGCAUUGAAAGACCAAGGCAACAAAGCACUGAGUGCAGGGAAUAUUGACGAGGCGAUCCGGUGUUACACUGAAGCCGUGACUCUCGACCCCAAAAACCAUGUCCUGUUCAGCAACCGAUCGGCUGCCUACGCCAAAAAAGGCAAUUAUCAAAAGGCUCUCGAGGAUGCUUGUGAGACCAUCAAGAUAAAGCCAGACUGGGGCAAGGGUUACUCCCGUAAAGCUGCGGCGCAGGAAUUUCUCGGACGGCUGGAGCAUGCUAAAGCGACGUACCAAGAGGGCCUCCGGCAUGAGCCCAACAAUCAGCAGCUGAAGGAGGGCUUACAGAACAUUGAGGGUCGCCUCGGAGACAAAUCAAUGAUAAAUCCUUUCGGCAUGCCUGACGUGUAUCAAAAGCUGGAGAACGAUCCUCGAACCCGCGAGCUCAUGGCAGAUCCGAGCUACAAAGAACUCCUGGAGGAACUCAGGAACAACCCGUCUACGCUUGGCACGAAGAUACAAGAUAAAAGAGUGAUGACCACACUCUCUGUGCUACUGGGACUGAACUUGUCCGGAAAGGAUGAAAAAGUCGAUCCGACUCCGACUCCUCCGUCUCCUUCGGCUACAAAACCUAAAGAGACGCAGCCACCGCCUUCCACAAACCAAGACCUACCUGAGAGCAAGAGAAAUGCCUUGAAAGAAAAGGAACUUGGGAAUGCCGCCUAUAAGAACAAGGACUUUGAUAUGGCGCUGAAGCAUUAUGAAGAAGCAGUCAAGCAUGAUCCUACCAACAUGACUUAUAUUUCCAAUCAAGCCGCUGUUUACUUUGAAAAGGGGGAGUUUGAAAAGUGCCGGGAACUCUGUGAGAAGGCCAUCGAUGUUGGCAGAGAGAACCGCGAAGACUACAGACAAAUUGCCAAGGCACUGGCAAGGAUUGGCAACUCGUACUUCAAGCAGGAAAAGUACAAAGAAGCCGUUCAGUAUUUCAACAAGAGUUUAACAGAGCAUCGCACCCCUGAUGUCUUGAAAAAGUGUCAACAGGCAGAGAAGCUCGUGAAAGAGUUGGAGAAGCAAGCCUACAUAAAUCUUGAUUUAGCUCUGGAGGAGAAGAACAAGGGAAAUGAAGCCUUCCAAAAGGGCGACUAUCCUCUAGCCAUGAAACAUUACACCGAGGCCAUCAAAAGAAACCCAAUGGAUGCAAAGCUCUUCAGUAACCGAGCUGCCUGCUACACGAAGCUGUUGGAGUUUCAACUUGCCCUAAAGGAUUGUGAGGACUGCAUCAAACUUGAGCCCACAUUCAUUAAAGGAUAUACACGUAAAGCAGCUGCUAUGGAGGCAAUGAAAGAUUUUUCCAAAGCCAUGGAUGUGUACCAGAAGGCUUUGGAGCUUGAUUCUUCUUCAAAGGAAGCCACAGAAGGCUUACAGCGCUGCAUGGUCAGCCAGACGAUGAGGAACGACAGUCCUGAGGAAGUCAAGCAAAGAGCCAUGGCCGAUCCCGAGGUGCAGCAAAUUAUGUCUGACCCCGCCAUGCGCAUGAUCCUCGAGCAAAUGCAGAAGGACCCUCAGGCGCUCACCGACCACUUAAAGAAUCCCGUCAUUGCAAAGAAAAUUCAGAAACUCCUGGAUAUCGGACUCAUAGCCAUUCAUUGAUGUGACACAAGCCAAGAUAUGAAGAAAUACUCUCAAUAUGGAACAAAAUGCAAAUUCUCUCAAAAUAUUACAGUUUUUGUUGCCUUCAAAAUUAUUCUCUCUGAUAUUACUUAAGCCACAUUCUUUUUUUUUUUAGCAUUUCAAGUCCUGAUUCUUUAAAAUUCUUUGGCAACUUUGAUGUCAGAUUCCAGAGGGUGUGCCCCUAAAAUGAAAUGCAUCGCUCUGUUUGUGUUUCUCACAUUUCUCACUGUUAAGGAUAUAUUGGAGAUGCUGGUCUCUUUACACUGUAUGUGUUAUAUGAUUGUGGGCAACUUAUACAUUUAAAUUCAAAUAUUCAAACUAUUAAACAUAAUAGCAGUUUA